AAAGACUUUUUAUCUCUUUAAAUAAAAUAAAAUAUAUCAUACGUCAAUGUAAAAAGUUAGUAAUUACAAAAUAUUAAAUUUAAAGACAAUUCAAAUAGGAAUCGUUUUUUAUUUUAAACAAUUUAAAACUCAAUUUGGUUUUGAUUUUUGAACAAAUGAAUAUGAAGGGUAUAUAUUUCAUUAUUGUCAUGGUGAUUAAAUGUUCUACUGGAUCAACAAUAGAAGAUUUGAAUUUAUUGAUGAAUACCUCUGCAUGGCAAUAUGUCAUGGAUAAUACUGUAGAUGACAUUUGUGAAGGUACGACAACGACUUUUGAACUGUUUCAAAAAGCGAUGAAUACUUCAGAUAAUGAAGAUAAAAUUAAUUACGCUUUCCAAGUAGGGCAACACGAGAUAAUGUCUCGAGUCUACAAAUAUGCUUAUUUUCAAACUUACUAUAGUAUAGAAGCUUUUCAAAAAAUAGCUGAUAAAGAAUAUAUUUUACAAACAUUAUUAGAGGGUUUAAUUCUAAUGAAAUAUUUUCUGAAAAAAUUAAAAAUUAGAAGUCAUAAAGAGUUCGGAAAUUUUAUUAAUUAUUUGAAGUCAUCUUAUGAAGACGACGUUAUGAAUAUAUUACAAAAUAUGUUAAAUCAUUUUUUAGAAACUAUCCUACCAUCUAUAAACCUUGAAAAUAAUAAUAUUUGGUGCUGUUCAAAUAUAUUUCAAAUGUCAAGAACAUCAAACUAUAAUAGUAGAUGUAUUGAAAUAUAUGAAAUAAUUCGAAGUACAUUAAAUGGAUUUCCUAACUAUAGCACAGAAGAUCAAACAUAUGCAUUUGAUAAAAUAUUUUAUAACAAUUUUACAGAACCAGAUUUAAUCUAUGGUAUUCAACAGAUUCAUGGACUUAUUUGUUACGAAUUCAAAAUUGAGUGAUUAAUGCAAUAAAUUUAAUUAUUUAUAAAUUAGAAAAAUAAAGUUAUUAAUAAGUAAAAUUCUUGGAAAAACCGCGUACUGAAGAACUAUCACAUUAUUUUCAGCACUCAAUAAAUACUGACAAAUAUCAAUCAUAUUUUCACAUGUUUUAGAAAAUAAGUAUUUAAAUAGUUAACUAAAACGUCGUUUUUUAAUUAUAUUACCAUAGCUUUACGCUUUACAAACAAUAAAACACCUGAAUAAUUAAAAAAAGACUUUAACUUUUUAAGAUCAAAAACGUCUUCUAUAUCUCUUCCAAUAAUAUUUAUUAAUAAAACUAAAAGAAUAAUUUCCAAAAUAAAUUUAAGAAUAAAUAAUCUUUAUAUUACAAAUAGGAAAAUAUUCAAUAUUACCCAAAAAUUAAUUUUAUUUUCCACCUAUUUCAUCUCCAUAAUUUUUAAUUACAUUGAUUGUAAAUAGAAUUUAUUUUUCAUAAAUUAUGGAAUAUACUAAUUGUACUAUA